AUGUCUGCUAACGAAUUCUACUCAUCUGGCCAACAAGGCGAAUAUCAACAGCCUCAACAACAAGGCCAACAACAACAGGUUGGCGCCGACGGCGAGAGGGGCCUUCUCUCGACUGUUGUGGGGGGCGCUGCUGGAGCCUAUGGAGGAUCCAAGCUAGGUGGCUCGCACUCCAAAUUGGGAGGCAUUGCCGGUGGUCUGCUCGGAGCAGUUGCCGCCAACAAGAUCGAGGACAAGGUUGAGCAGAAAUGGGAGCACCAUCAGGGUGGCUAUGGUGGCCAGCACCACGGGGGUCCAGGCGGUCCUGGCGGUCCAGGGGGCUACGGUGAGCAAAGAGGCGGCUUUGGCGGGCCUCAGGGACCUCCCCACGGAGGCCCGCACGGCGGUUUCCAGGGCGGUUUUGGAGGUCCUCAGGGCGGUCCUCAGGGAGGAUUUGGGGGGCCCACAGGGAGGAUUUGGAGGCCCACAGGGAGGAUUCGGUGGUCCACAGGGCGGUUAUGGUGGCCCACAAGGAGGUCCCCAGGGAGGCUUUGGCGGGCCUGGCCGUCAGGGCGGAUGGUAAAUAGCGAGCAGUAG